AUGAAUAAAAAGAACAAUAAUUUCUUUAAAAUAUUUUUUAAUUAUUUCAAUAUUCGUACUGGAAAACUAAAAGUAAUAAAGAAUCAUGAAGUAACAACACCUAAUUUUUUGAUUUGUUCUUCUUUUGGAUCAGUACCACACAUAACACCAGAUCACCUAAAAAGUAGUAGAAUAACUGGUAUUUAUAUGUCAUUGGAAGAUUUUGUUGAAUAUCCAGCGUUCAAGGAAAAAAAAGAUAAAAAAACAAUUUCAAAACCAUUUUUAAGUUCUAAGGAAACACUAAGAAAUUUUGUUUCUAUACCUUCAAAUAAUUAUAUCAUUCUUGGAGCAAGACGAUCAGCAUUUUGCUUUAAAAAACCAAAUAAAUCAGAAGCUUUACGUAUUAUGACAUCAGGAGGAAAUCAGUUGAUAGAUAUAAAAGAUAUUGUAAAUUUUUAUGAAAAACUUGCAGCUGAUAUAAUUAUUUCUCCUGUUGAUAUAUCUAGCAAUAUUACUGGAAACAAACAACUUAAUAAAAUGGUUGAGCGAACUGAAUCAUGGUUAAAACAGUUAUUAGAAAAGGAGACUAAUUCUUUUAUCUUUGCAUCAUUACCAGUCGUUUCUAAAGAAUUGCUUUUAUCAUAUUUUUCUCUGCUUGAAUCUAAUCUUUCAAAAAUUCACGGUUUGGCAUUAUAUAGUCCAGAGCAAUCAGAAAUUAUUCCAGAUUCUUUAACCCAUCUGCCUUUAUUUUUAGUAGAGCCUGUCAAAUCUCCUCACUUAAUACUUGAUUGUAUAGAAAAUUCUAUUGAUCUUUUUGCUAUUGAUUUUGUUUCAGAAUGUUCUAAUGUAGGAAUUGCUCUUACGUUCCAGUUUCCGCCUUUUACGCCUACUGGAAAAAACCAAGAACCUCUUGGAAUUGAUAUGUGGGAUGAAAAACAUAAAGCUGUAUUAUUACCACUUUUAGAAGAAUGUAAAUGUUAUACAUGUGAAUUUCAUCAUAGAGCAUAUGUAAGGCAUUUAUUAGUCACAAAAGAACUACUAGGAUAUGUUCUUCUUCAAUUGUAA